UGCCACUCACCUGCGUUCGUCCGCGCGCAGCGGCCGUUAACGGCCCAAACGGUUUCUCCAUUCGAACGCCAUUCGUUCCCCCAACCGCUCCGUUGACGUAAUCACGGAGGCUCUGAGGAGAAGCUGCCGUCGCCGAAGUGCGUUGUGGGGGAUGUAGUUUGAUAAAGAACAGGGGACUUUUCUUCUUCUUCGUCUUCUUCUUCUACUGCUACUACUAUUAUUAUUAUUUAUUUUAUUUUAAUUUUAUUUAUUAUUUUUAUUUUUUGUUUAUUUUCAUUAUUUUUUUUCGCAGGCCGGAACUUUUUACCUCAGUUUCAGUGGAGAGGCGGAGCGGAAGUGGCGAGGCGGUCCGCCCGUGUUUUGCGUCCCCCUCCCUGUGAGAGGCCCUGCUGGACCUUCAUGCCAGGGUUUGAGUUGGCGCCGGCGGACGGGGGUUGCCCCGUGGUGCUGCCGCCUGGGGAGACAGUGAUAGGAAGAGGUGCCCUGCUGGGAGUAAGUGCCCCCCUGGCGGCGCUCCAGAGGUGUCUGGGGUAGGCGGGUGGGUCGCGGUGGAGUUGGUGCAAGAGGAAGAAGACGGAGAUCUUAGAUCAUAGGACUGUAAUGUUGGCCUGUAUACCUGAAGGAGCGUCUCCACCCCCAUCUUUCUGCCCGGACACUGAGAUCCAGCGCCCAGGGGCUUCUGGCGGUUCCCUCGCUGCGAGAAGUGAGGUUACAGGGAACCAGGCAGAGGGCCUUCUCGGUAGUGGCGCCCGCCCUGUGGAACGCCCUCCCCUCCCUUCAGACAGGAAAUAAGCAGCUAUCCUAUCUUUAAAAGACACCUGAAGGCAGCCCUGUUUAGGGAAUUUUAAAAUAUUUAAUGCUGUAUUGUUUUUAACACUCGAUUGGGAGCCGCCCAGAGUGGCUGGGGAAACUCAGCCAGAUGGGCGGGGUAUAAAUAAUAAAUUAUUAUUAUGUUGGAGGGGACCACAUGGGUCAUCUAGUCCAGUCCUCGGCCAUGCUGCAAUCCUGCCCCCAGGGUGGGCUCAAACCACCAACCUUCUGGUUAACAGCCAGAUGCACUGACCCAUUGCGCCACACAAAUAUUUGGGAGCCAGUGUGGUGUAGUGGUUAGGAACGGUAGACUCGUAAUCUGGUGAACCGGGUUCGAUUCCCCGUUCCUCCACAUGCAGCUGCUGGGUGACCUUGGGCCAGUCACACUUCUUUGAAGUCUCUCAGCCCCACUCACCUCGCAGAGUGUUUGUUGUGGGGGAGGAAGGGAAAGGAGAAUGUGAGCCGCUUUGAGACUCCUUUGGGUAGUGAUAAAGUGGGAUAUCAAAUCCAAACUGUUCUUCUUCUCAAACUCAUGACGCCCACCUCCCCCCAGAUGAGACCAUUGGUUCAGCUGGCCCGGUAUGUUCCAAAUCUGGCUAGGAGGGAAGGCUUUCCAAUUUUUUGGCUGCAAAUCUUUUGCAGCAUCUCUCCGAGAGGAAAAAAGGCAUACAGCGGCUACUCCAGGUGGUUGUGGCUUGGUGACAGGGAGCCUGCUUGGCAUGCAGAACGUCCUCGGUUCAGCCUCCUGAGUGGCAUCUCCAGACUGGGCUUUGGAGAUGGAGAGGCUCCCUAUCUGAAAUUCCAGAGAGCUAUUGGUGCCAGUUUGUGCAGACAACAACUGAGCUAGAGGGACCAAUGGUCUGUGUAAGCCAGCUUCCUAUUUAUUUAUUUAGGAUGGGCCAUAGCACAGUGGCAGAGUGUUUGCCUUGCAAGCAGAACAUCCCAGGUUCAACACCCUCCAGUGGCAUUUCCAGACUGAGCUGGGAGAGAGAGACUCCCUGUCUGAAAUACUGGAGCCCUUGCUGCCAGUCAGUGAAGACAAUGCUGAGAUAGAGGGACCAAUGGUAUAAGGCAGCUUUUUGUGUUUGUCCUACUGCAGUGGCUCUCCAUAGAUCUGGGCUUGGGUUACUCUCUGAAUAAUGUGUCUUGGAAUCUCCACUUUUAGGUGAGAGACUGGGAGACUUGCAGUGGAAGCUGCUUUUUCCCUAGAGUCAACUAGGUUUAAACUGGGUGUUUUAAUAUUAUGGUAUUAAUGACCAAACAUGCUAUAACAGAACACACAACUACAUGCAAUCUUUGUACAAUCCUAGGAAUUCUAUCCAGUAUGUUUAUUCUUGUAGCUCCCGAUGCAUUUUGCACUUCAUAAUCUGGUGUGCAAAGAGACAGACCUGGUUGGAAAGCCAGCUUUAUAUACAUGCAAAGACACUAAGCAAAAUUAGCUAAAGGCAUACCGAGAGGCUCCCUUUUCCACCUUGUGUUAUUGGUGUGUGUGAAUUGCACUCUAAAGGUGUACAGUGGUACCUUGGGUUACAGACGCUUCAGGUUACAGACUCCACUAACCCAGAAAUAGUACCUCGGGUUAAGAACUUUGCUUCAGGAUGAAAACAGAAAUCGUGCGGUGGUGGCAUAAGAACAGACCUCCGGAACAAAUUAAGUUCUUAACCCGAGGUACCACUGUACAACUCACUGCUGAAAGUUGUGUUCCUGUUGCCCAGCAGUUCCUUGCAUUGGCUGAAGCUGAGCAAACUGUUGCUGUUUCUUCAUCUGAUGUGUUAGGGAAGUUUGCACGAGUCCCUCACACAUUAGAAGUGUAUAUGGUGGGGUUGUGGGAUCCCAGUUAGUAUCCUAGUUUUCUAGUUAGCAGCCCUACCCAAAUUAUGAUAUCUGUUCUGGCCCCAUAGGCCACCUCCACGUGAAGGAGGAUCCAUAUUGGUCCAAAAUGGAGGAUUUCUAUGUACAUAGAGCUACUUCAUAUGGCUGAAUGUGCAAUCAGUGAACAAAGGGGCUAGCUAAAAUGACCAGUGUUCUCAGUGCUCAAGGCGGGUUGUGUAAACCCUCAUAGUUACACACAGUUUUCUGCCCACAAGUGCAGGAGUAGUUCCAGUUGCUGCUGUCUGUUGCUGGGAAUAUUCUUAGCAGCUGGUGGAGAACACAGGGUGAAGAAAGCACUGUGGGGGGGGGGCUUUUCCCCAUCCCCCCCCCUUUUCUCCUGAGUUGUGUUGUCUUUUUGGUCAAGUGCGCUAACUGUAUUACACACUAGAGGUCACAAUCCACUGAUACUGUAAAUAUAUCCCCCUCACUAUACUUUUUGAAGCCCAUAGAGUAUGUUAGUUACCCAUUUGGAAGUAAUCAGAGGAUGUUCUUGGGAAGUGGCUUCUCUAAAUUCAAUUAUAAUUGCUUUAAUUACUUUUCCUCUUAGUUGUAUUAGUUUCUUGUGUUUGUUAGUUUGUACACUUGGUAUUAUAUUGGUGCUUUUAAUUACUACCCUACACUAGUUGUAGUGCUAGUUUAUUAAUUUCUACUACUGUACUCUUCCCUUUGUAGGCCGGAUAGAAUUUAUCCAUAAGGCAUGAAUUUGGAGAGUGAACUUUUCCUUGUAGAUGUCCUUUAUAGCUAAAAAAAAAUCACCCCCACCCUCAAUAUACUCCUAUAACCAACACAUAUCCUACUUUAUAUUGAUGCUCCAAGCAUCUCUAUAAGAUCUUAAUAAGUAACUUUAAUGUUGCAACUACACAAAGUAUUCUAAACACCGUUGUCUGGAAUUACCAAUUUUCCCUAGAAUGAGUUAUCUAAAUAGAGGAAGGUUUUAGGAGGGUUUUUUUAAAACAGAAACCAAACACCUCCCUCCUCUCAUCAUUCAGUUGAAACUCAUCGGUAUAAAUGGAAGGUAGCUUCUCAUUUUGAUAAAACUCAGAUUUUGAUAAAACUCAGAUUUGCUUUUCUUGGCUUUGAUGAACGUUUUAGCAUUUAACUUGUCAACAAAGUGAACAAUAUUUUUAUACUAAAAAGUGAAGCUAACAAAUUUUGUUAUCACAGUAAAAACUAUAUAGUAGCUUUAUUAUUUUUAGAUAUCUUUAUUGGUGGGUUUUAUGCCCCCACUGUUGACAUCUGUCGGUUUUGUGUCUUUACAGAUUACAGAUAAAAGAGUAUCCAGGAAACACGCUAUUCUGAAGGUAGUUGGUGACCAGCUUAGCAUCAAACCGGUAACUGUUUCCUAUUUCUCAGUACAAUAAAAAUAAUAAAAAUCAGUCUUGGAGGUUCUGAUUUUACAUGUUCUAGCUUUCAUCUUUAAUGCUCCAAACAGAAAUUGGGAUAAAAAAGGUAAUCAUAUUCCAAAAUAAGGUAAUUAGGCCUGAGUCUGUAAUCUGUAGUAUCAGAUUACAUAUCAUCUGUAGUAAGAGUCUCUUCUUAAUUUGCAGGUCCAUGUAAACCCCUGUUUUUAUCAGUCAACUGAAAAUGACCAACUAUUGCCAAUGGAUACUGAUAGAUGGCAUCAGCUGAGUCCAGGUGACAGAUUUUCCCUGCUAGUAGACAAAUAUAUCUUCAGGGUACUCUUCAAUUCUUCAGAGGGGGAAAGUCUGCUAAGGUAAUGCUAUCUGAUGUGAAAAUCUAGAACAAGUGUUGUUUGCAAUGUAUAACAGUUUCAUCUUUCCAUACUGUAGAAGUGGGGAAUCUGUAGUCUUCAGAUAUUGUUGGACUUCAGCUUCCAUCAUCCCUGACUAUGGGUCUUGCUGUUGGAGUCUAGCAACAUCUGGAGGGUCACAGGUUCCCCAGCCUGACUGUAUAAUAUGCUAAAUAAGUCAAAAUUUGUUUGAGUCAAGGUAAUAGCCAUUAGCAAAAUAUAUUAUUUAUCUUGUUGGUUGUUUAGCACUACUAAGAUGUGCCGUCUAUUCCAUGGAAAAAUUAAGAUGGUGUAAAAGGUUCUAAAUUUGCACAAUGUUGAAGAUUAUGGUACAGUCAUACUAGUAUAUAUUAUCUUAAAUGUCUAAUCCUCCUAUGAUGUUAGAAGAUAGAAAAAAGAAUAUUUUCCUGAGAAGAGAAAACAAUAAGAGUUGCUAUGCCAGAAAAUUAAGUGCAAAAGUGAAACAUCACAGUGACAGUAGAAUUUUUUUCUGUAGUAUCCAAGAGAGAAAAUUGCUUUUUUAUCAAGUGUUAAUGAUACAUGGAAAGAAGUAGCAUUGUUGUCUCUGCUUUCUGCUUACAGAACAGUGUAGAGCAGUGGUUUUCAACCCAUGUUCCAUGGCAUCCUGGGGUGCCUUGAAUGAUGGUCAGGGGUGCCAUGGGCAACACUGGCCUCUGUCCCUCUUUCCUUUCCUCCCUCCUCUGAUGUCUUCUUGCAUCUCUGCUUCCUAAGGCUUGCACAGCUGUUUGUUGCAGCAGCCCUGGCUACAAGCUCAGCAGGCGAAUGGUGCCUCUGGGGCUGGUCAGGGGGUGGUGAUUUCCAGGAGCUGAGGUGGCCUUGGAGUAAGCAAGCCAGCCAGUCUGCCAGCCCUUGCUGUUGGGAAUGGACAGAUAAGUCCCAGGCCCCUAUGGGACAGUGCGAGGAGGCAUCUCUUUGGGGGUGCAGGGGGGGACUCAGAGACCAGGGGUGGCAGCAGUAGCUGCCUGAAGGACUCUCAAGGAGAGGCUGAGAAAACACUCCACAAGGGAGGGUGUCAGAGAAAGGAUGAGAGUCUGUCAACUCUGCAGGCAAGGUGUGACAUAACUGAUUAGUGAUACACCAUGAUUAUUUUACAAAGAGCCUUUGUGUCAUGCAAUAGGAAAAAUGGGAACCUCUGUGUAGAAGACAUACCAAAUCAAGCUACCUCAUCACUUCAGCAAACCAAGAUGCCUCGCAGACAGCCUUCAUCACAGCAAACAACAUCCUCCAACAAGAGCCAACUUUUGGAAGUAAAUUCACAAUUAGAAGAAGCAGCUGAAACUCCAAAGAAGGUACCUUAUCAACGUUAGGGUGCAUAGCAGACAUGAAUAGAUUGUGUUUUUGUUAUGGACAAGUUGAUGGAACUUUAUGGGAUGACUGGUGUGGAUACAUAUUGAGCAUGAUGGCAUGGAAUAGACCAUGCCAAAGUUUCAAAGGUUCUGUUUCUGAAUAAUGUUGCUUGUUCCUUUCUCAAAUUAAAUCUUAACAGCUCUGUCUUAUGUGUUAGACUUGUUCCAGGUUGCAUGAGGCAGACUGACUGAAACCAACUGUGCCACUCCACAAAGGAGACUUAAUGUUGCAUCUGGUCAGCAUGAAACUAUUUUCCUUGUGAAGGAAAUAUAAUACAAAAUGUACCCAAAAUGAUCUAGGAUACAUUUCCUCAGUUCCUUUGUGCCUUCUUUAGAUAUUAUGCCAGUGCCUGCUACGCUAAACAAGGACAUGUAUUUGGUGAAUCACCAAUUUUCAUUUUAACAAGGUUUCUGUCUUGCAGUGUGGGCUCUGUGGCAGUAUGUGUGGCAGAAUACACACAUCAAAUAGCAGGUCUUUCCACUUUCAAGAUAUUGUGGGUGGUAUUCUCUUUGUCUCUUCCUGCUUUCCAGUGUUUAGCUGGGGAGAAUGAAGUAAGAAUGGAUGUCACCAGUACCUUGGUGGGAGGGAAGAGCCUGUCUCUUAGCACUGUAGCCUCUUGCCUUUCAGCCUUGAGUAGAUGAAACAUUGCUUAACAAGUAAUAACACAAAUUACUGACAUAGUUGCACAAAUCCAGUUAUGGAAAUCCUAAUUAUGGUAAUUGAAUCCAAUAUAUAUUAUGUGUACCCAAGUCCUACUUGGAAUAGACCUAUUGAAAUUAAUGGACCUAACAUAAUCUGUCAGUUAAUGUCAGUGUCCUGAGUAGGACUCUUGUGUAGGACUAGCACUGAAUUCCACUCAUUUAUUUCACAAAUUAAUGUCAUAUUUUUCAGUUUUCUGCUAGCAUUUCUGAAAAUGAAGAAGUAAGACUUCCUCAAAGGAAAAGAGUUCUUCCAGCAUGGAUGCUGCAAGCAGACAUAAUAGUCCAAAGUUCAUCAGCCUCAGGUUCAGGAAGAGGUGAGUGUGCAGUUCACUUAUUAUGCAACAGUUAUUCUGGGAGACUUUACUCUUGUCUUCAUUGCAUUCUGUCUUCUUAAAAAUGUGGUUAACACAACUAUACAAAGUCUGCACAUGUUAUCAGUUUGAUAAUACUGUGUUGUUUCCACUUCUUAGUCUCUAGACCAUGAAACCCUGCAAGACUUUAUGGUGCCCCCCUCCACAUUAUUGAUUCUGAAAGCCUUGAUAAAGAGGGAAUUGGAUGCUCCUGAGCAAACUGAUAGGUUGUAUCCCCAGUUGAAGAUAGCAGACAUAUUGUCAGCUAGGUUGCUUCACCUGAAGGGAAAUACAUGUGAGGAGAUAUGCUUACUGAAAAUAUUCUAGCCAUCUUUAUAUACUUAAUGAAGUAUUUCUGAUAAAAAGUACAAAGAAACCAAUUCUUUAAUAUAAUAGCACCUAAAAGUAUUGUUAUGGUCUAUAUCCAUUCUUCAUUUUGUGUGUGUAUGGGACACACCCAAUGGAACAUAGAAUUUAAGCAUAAAAAUAUGAAUAUGUUAUGCAGGCAAAGUAUUUGACAGGAAAUGCAGAAUAGCAAAAUAGGUUUAGUUCUUGAGAUUUCAACUGUCUUAAUUAUUUUAAUUGUUUUAUGAAUAAAAUAUUGAAGGAUCAUUAGGUGGCCUAAUCAGUAUACAUGCAGUCUGGGUAAAGAUUCCUGCAUUGUAGGGAAUGACCCUCAGGGUCCCUUCCAACUUUACAAUUCUGUGACUCAGUUCUAUGAUUAGUAAGAAUAGGACUAAAAAUUUCGUAGAAGACAUAGCAUAUAGAUGAUAUAGAAUAAUCCAAUCACAGAAUUGUAGAGUUGGAAGGGACCCCAAGGGUCAUCUAGUCCAACCACUUGCAAUGCAGGAAUCCUGCCCACAUGGCUCUUCUUAGUGAAGGAGGUUCAUGGAGUUGCUGGUUGAAAGCUGAAAACAAUUGCAAAGAACCCAACUCUUCAGAAGUAUAAGCAUUUUUACAGUACUGUUGGCAGGUGAGUGCAUAUCUGGACCAAGUCUGCACUGACUGGAGUUGAAGAGUCCAUUUUCUUCUGUCCCGCAUCACAGAGACUGGAGUGAGGUGUUCACCAAUUGCUACAGGCUACUUAAAUUAUAUUGUCUAAUUUUGUGUUGCUCAUGUUGAGGAUGGUACUCAGUUUAGUGAAGAUCCUUACAAAUCAGCAUUAGACAAACUUGGAUAGCUCAGUUGGUAGAGCAUGAGACUCUUGAUCUCAGGGUCAUGGGUCCGAGCCCCAUGUUGGGCAAAGGAUUUCUGCAUUGCAGAGGGUUGAGCUAGAUGGCCCUUGUGGUUCCUUCCAGCUCUACAAUUCUAUGAUUCUAAUAUAAUUGAUUUUAAACAGCAGAACUGUGAUGCAUUGUUGUCUGUUUUUUUGAUUGUAUUGUUUUAUUGCAUUGUAAAAUAUUACAACAUGUGCAGUUCUUCAGAGUUUGAAUACCACCAUUUCUGAUAACUAAUGUCUUUUGCAAUUUUUCAUAGGAAAUAGUGGAGAAAUAAAACAAAGUCCAGGGAAAAAGCGAAAAAGGACUGAAAACGAAGAUGCUGCCCUUGCUACACAGGUGUUGUAAACAGACCUGCUCUUAGUUGCAGAUAUUUAAAACUACUGUUUGUAUUGUGUUUCUAUACCCUAUGCAAACCCUUUUUGUGUAUCAGGACUAGCAGUCAGUAGAAGAGAGGCUCCCCUCUCCCAUAAUAUGUGCACCAUGUCUUAUCUGGUGUUGUAUUGUUGUUGUUGUUGUUGUUGUUGUUGUUUAGUCGCUUAGUUGUGUCCGACUCUUCGUGACCCCAUGGAUCAGAGCACGCCAGGCACUCCUGUCUUCCACUGUCUCCCGCAGUUUGGUCAAACUCAUGCUGGUAGCUUCAAGAGCACUGUCCAACCAUCUCGUCCUCUGUCGUCCCCUUCUCCUAGUGCCCUCAAUCUUUCCCAACAUCAGGGUCUUUUCCAGGGAGUUUCCUCUUCUCAUGAGGUGGCCAAAGUAUUGGAGACUCAGCUUCACGAUCUGUCCUUCCAGUGAGCACUCAGGGCUGAUUUCCUUCAGAAUGGAGAGGUUUGAUCUUCUUGCAGUCCAUGGGACUCUCAAGAGUCUCCUCCAGCACCAGAAUUCAAAAGCAUCAAUUCUUCAGCAAUCAGCCUUCUUUAUGGUCCAGCUCUCACUUCCAUACAGCACUACUGGGAAAACCAUAGGUGUUGUUUUAGAGUACUAAAUUUGUUCCAUACUUGGAAGCUCUGUCAUGAAAGCUUAACAAAAGAACGACAUGAAUUCUGUUACACUGAAGACUAUCUUUCUCCGUGUCCCUUUGCAGUUAACUCAUUGUUUUCCAUUCUGUUGCUAAAGUCAGACAAAUUCGAACAGCCAGUUCCAAAUGGUUAUCAUUGGAUGUGCAAUUCAAGUGCUAGUGCACUGAGUUAUGGGUAUAGAGUAGCCUCCUGGAAAGCCAGUUGCCAGGAAAGAGAGAAUUCCUUCCAGUUCAAAUGACUUCAUGAUACACGGACAAAUGUAGGUGGCAAAUAUUUUUUGUGACUUUGAUUCUUGAAGUUGGAGUAGAGCCAAACAGCUUGAUUUUAAUUACAGUUCCUUGGAAGUACAUAUAUCACAUAGAUUUUAAUUGGUUUUAUUUCCAAAUAAGUUUGCUUAGAAUUUCAACCAGAGGGCAACCGAAGUUAUAGCUUGAGUUAGUGGAUAGAACUAUCACAGAAUUUUGUGUGUGGUGUGGGAUUUGGGCACUGCAGAACUAAAAUUGGCUGGCAAAGCCACAUUAGCUUUUGUACUUCUGUGUAUUACCCAAGAGAGAUUCUAUUAGAAGAAUUGGAUGUUUUCAGUUCAUACUAAUGAAAGCUAGUCACAAGAGAGAUGCUCAUGUCCAAUCUUUCAACAUCUACUUUGAAGAUAUACAUAUGUUUAAUGUUGGUAACUUCAAAUCCCAGUAUUUUCUUGGCACAGUAGUGGAAAUUAUUCUUGAAACUCUUCCUGCAAUACUAAUUGGACAUUUUUCAGUCAGGUGUGUUAAAGCAUACAAUGCAGGCUGUCUUUGAAGACACAGGUGGAAAGCUAAAGUUGCUCAGGAUAGCUUUGGAACUGUUUUUGCCCUUCUACUCUAUCAAGCACAGAGGCAUGCAUGGUCUCUUUCAGUAAUGUUUCAAGCCAACUUCAUCUUUCCCAAUUCAGAUUCUUAAUGUUGUAAAUGUUGCUUUCUCUAAAUAUGGAGGUAGUGCCCCCUGCUCUCCACAUCUCCAUUCAAACCCUUCAUCAAAUCCCUUCUUUCAGGCCUGUGGCUUCAUUUCAAGAUAGCGUGCAUAGGAUUGUAGCCAUAAUUGUGACCAAGGUUAAAUACAUAUAACUAUAGGCUCCCAUUCAUACCCUUGACUCUUCCUCCUGCCUUCUGUUGUUUUCCUAAUAGUUUAUAUUAUAAUCUCAAUGGGGACAGGGACUUGUUAAGCUUUUGCUCUAUAAAAUGCCAUGUACAUUGAUGGAUUAAUCCAACUUCACUAGGCACUAUUCUUCUGCAGUGUUGUGGACUGAAAUCUGUUUCAUGAAUAAUUUCACACUUAUUUCCACAGGAUAUAAAACAUCUAUCUGCUGAACCUAUUGUGAGAAAAAUGGAAAAGAAUGAAAGCAAAAUGUUACCCCAACGAGCUGUAAGCCCUACAGGGCAAUGUAAUCGUCAACUUCAUAAUGAAGAGUUACAGCUCAACACAGAUGGACUCACUUGCCAGCCUGCUGAAAUGGAUACAACUAAUAAAAAUGAAAACAGUUUGGAGAAUGUUAAAUGUAAUCCUGAGCAAUUUCAUCAGGACAUGUCACAAACUCCAGUUCACCAGGGUGAGAUUCAAGAGCUUCUUCGCAAUCCGUCUACCGAGACGGGCAAUUCUAAUGUAACUGGAAGUCAAGAUGUACCACAAAACACUGACAAAACCAGACACCAGAGGAUAGCUUGCCUCUAUGGGAGAAGCUGCUACAGGUAAAAUCAAAUUGUCAAUCUCCUAAGUGAACUGAUUCAGAUAACCUCCUGCUGUAUAGUAAUGUAGUCUGUGGGCAGUGGAGGUCUUAUAUUGCCAGCUUUUAGGUUAAAAGCCUGCUUUAAUUAAGCUAGAGUGAGCAGAUGAGAAGUGAAUCUAGGGGAUUUUAUUGAGAUAGAUAAAGAGUGUGAUGCUCUGUUAAGCAAUAUGCAGUUUAGGUAAAUAAAAAACAAUUUCCUCCAGGAAAUAGAAACAGAAUUCUACACGGCAAUAAUAGCAUUGUAGCUUGUACUAUGAAUAGCCUUUAAAAAAUUGUACUGAAGUUUCGGGGUGGAAGGUAAAGUUUAACAAACAUUGUGGUGCUAAACUUCUGCACUUGGAUAAGGUCUAUUGAGCUUAGUAGGCAGAUCCGCAAAUCUGGAAAAAUUGUUCUUGCAUUGCAAGUAAAAUGAAUAUUGGAACAGAGCUUAUCAACCAUCUGCCAGGAUGUACUGUUUGCUUAACUCGUAAUGGCUAUCAUGUAACAUGCACCGGGGACUGCAAGCAUUCUGAACAUUUUAUAUACAGUUAGAUAAUCCUGGGGAAAGUCCUCUUUGAGUAGACAGAGACAUAUCUGAUGUAUUUGUAACAAUGGGUGUAUUAUCUGUUAUUCCUCAACAUUCUAUAAGUAAUAAUGAAAGGAAAUCCAAUCUGGAUGCACUCCUGUGAUAAAAGUGGAUUGGAAGCAAGAAGGAAUGGCAUGCUGAAGAAUUACUGAAAUAGCUUUUCAGGGUAAGAAAGAAUAGGAUAUUUCAGGGUAAGAAAGAACAGGAUAUUAGUGUUCUGUCCUGUAGAUCACCAUAACCAGGGGGCUGCAUUUAGAAGAUACAUGCUUGAUUUAGUUUGUUGCAUGGCAUGGCAUUUUUCUAGCUCUGUUUAUAUGAAUUACAUAUUUUCAGUAUAACUUAUGGUGUCUUUUUAAUUUCACAGGAAAAAUCCUAUACAUUUUCAGCAGUUCAGUCACCCCGGAGAUAGUGAUUAUCAUGAUACGGAAUCUGUAACUCAAGCUGACAAUGAUAACAGACCUGAAUGCCCUUAUGGAACUGCUUGCUACAGGUUAGAAAUUUUGCCUACUACAAAUUAUUACUUUUAAUAUUUUAAGAGAGGGCAUGUACUUAUAUCUCUGGAAUUUUAUUUUAAAUUGUGAUAAUUAAAUAUUUCAAACCUAUCCUGACAUUUGAUGUGUCAAAUGUGCCUUAUAAUGAUAAGCUUAAAAACACCUGGUGAAUAUAUUACCUUUGCAGAUAAAAUUUUAAUUACAGCUUUGUCUAAACUGUUGUUAAGGGCUGUGAAACCAUGGCAAACCAUAGAUAACAGUUCUGGAUGGUUUUGCAAUGUUGGAGACUGUUUCUUGACCAAGUUUGAGCAACAAACCAAGGUUAAGUGUCGUGUUUUGGCUUGCUUCAAACAGGGUAUCCGCUCUGUUUCACUUGAGAUCAGAUGGGUGAAUACAAUGGAGGUCUUUUUGAUAAUGGCACUGAAACUGUGAAAUGUCCUCUCCAGUGAAAUACUCCAGAUUUCCUUUCUGGUUUUGGGUAACUGUUGGAGGACUCUUCAGAGCAGAAUGUCCCAUUGUCAGCUCCAACUUAUAACAUGGGAGCCACUUUAAAAACGUUAUCAUGUGUGUCUAUUACUCCCCUACUCCCAGCUCAGUCAAAUUCAGAGAAUGAAAGGGCUGUAACAGCUGUAUAGAAAAGAAAAAUUUAGCAGGCACAGCUGGUUUUGUAUUGGUGAGAAGCGUGCUGAAUUUCUCUCCCCUGCACAACUACUAAAAAUACAGGAGUAGCAAAUUGAAGUCCAGUUCCUUAUAGGUAAAGGACCCCUGGACGGUUUAGUCCAGUCAAAGGCGAGGGAGCCGGUGUUUUUGCACUGACAGUUUUCUGGGUCAUGUGGCCAGCAUGUCUAAACCGCUUUUGGCAUAAUGGAACACUGUGAUGAGUGCCAGAGCACAUGGAAAUGCCAUUUACCUUCCCGCCACAGUGGUACCUAUUUAUCUACUUGCACUGGUGUGCUUUCGAUGUGCUAGGUUGGCAGGAGCUGGGACAGAGCAACAGGAGAUCACCCCAUCGCACAGAUUUGAACCACUGGCCUACUGAUUGGCAAGCCCAAGAGGCUCCGUGGUUUAGACCACAGUGCCACCCACAUCCCUUUUACAAAGUGCCUUAUACAAAGUGAUAGAAGCAGGGCUUUUUUCAACCUGAACUUGCUGGAACUCAGUUCUGGCACCUGACAGGUGGGUGCCAUUGCCAUUAUAAGAGAACAAGGAAGGAGUUCAUUGUGAGUUCUGGCACCUCAUUUUCUAGAAAAAUAGCACUGGAUAGAAGUACAGUAAUCACUUUCCACAAUUGGGACACCAUUUCCUGAGUUGACUAGACCCAACAGAAGAUGAGUGUAGGUUCUCAGAAAAGUUCGACUUGGCAGCACCAGAAAGAUGUACUCAGAAAAUGAGACUUGGUACACCACUUUCGAAGAACCACAUGUAACUCUAAAAAGGCAACUCUAGGGCGAGGGGAGAUUAGGGUGGGGGAAGAUUGUGGGUUGUAUCUGGUGGUUGCAUGACCUGCAACCUAUCUUUCUCUUUCCCUCCUAUCCUUCCACUACCACUUGCACAAGGUUCCUCUGCCCCAUUUCAGGAGAUUUCCCCCACCCCUCCACACUCAAGCACACCACAGCCCUGUACAACAAAUCCCACACAGUUCAGGAGCCCUUCCUAAGCCUCUGGAGAAGAUUUUCAGGGCUGCAGAGGAGAAGGAGGCUUGGGAAGAAAAAAAAUAGUAGUCUGAAUUGCCAUCUGCAACCAGUAGAUAUAAUUUUGUUUUGAAGAAGAAGAGUUUGGAUUUGAUAUCCCGCUUUAUCAAAGCGGCUAACAAUCUCCUUUUCCCUUCCUCCCCCACAACAAACACUCUGUGAGGUGAGUGAGGCUGAGAGACUUCAGAGAAGUGUGACUAGCCCGAGGUCACCCAGCAGCUGCAUGUGCAAGUGCAAAUUACACAAUACAUUGAUUUUAAAAAAACACAUACAGUAAAACCACAUAGUUGAUUGGUUUACAUUCAAGGCCUCUUAAAAGUAAUUUAAUUUUCCUGUUUUUUAAAUACUCAAUACUUUGUACUGUAUACCCUCUUAAUCUUUCCAUUUUUGAUAGAUAUAUACAUCAUUCUUCAAUACAUUUAGAUUGUCCAACAAUAAAAACUUAAACUAAGGGCUCAGACUGAAAUCUUAUUCAUCUGGAAGUGAGAAAACAAACCUCCAGUUUGAUUAAGCAACAUUGUACUUGUCCUCCCUUUUUAACAAAGAUGAAAAGCAUUUAUUUUGCCUGCCUUUUUUCUUUCUCUCCCUGAAAGGAUCAGUUAAACACUUUGAAGUUACAGUACACAAAAUAACUGAUUUCCCCUCCCUCUUAAACACAACCCCCUGGAGCAUUAUGGUUGUAGCUUUCAGUGGUUAGAAAAUAUUAUUAAAGUUAUGAAGACUAUACAAUGGGAAGUUCAGGUUUCAUCUCUUUCCCCCCCACCCUGCCUUUUCUUUGCAGGAAAAAUCCACAGCACAAGCUGGAAUACAAACACACUGUACCACCAGGUAAAGUGCUUUGGUUUCAUUAUAUAGGAAAUGUAGAGUCUAUAUCUGUUAAUACAACUGAGUGAGGAGGACCGAACAGUGGGCCUAGCUGGUGCUCAGCAUGCUCAUAAAAAGGGAUGCUUUUCGUUAAGAUUUUCAAGCUAAAAAUUAAUGCUCAAAUGGUACAAAUAUAAUGCAGCUGUAUUUCAGCUGAGAUACAAGAACCUGUCCAUACCUAUAUGCAGUAACGUAACUAUUUCUCAGAGUUUAAAUGGGUUUGCAGCGCAGUCCUUUGCAUGUUCACUCAGAAGUAAGUCCUACUGUGUUUGGUGGGAUGUACCCCCUUAUGUGUAUGUAGGAUUGAAGUCUUACAGUGUGAUCCUAUACACAUUUACUUUGAAAUAAGUCCAUCAGAGGAGGUUACUUGCUCCUCAGUAAGUGUGCUCAGAUAGCAGUCUUGGGCCUUCUCCUUCCCCCAGGCUUUUAGGCAAACUGCUUUUGAAAGUCUGCUUUCAAAGACAGCCAGCAAUAUGGCAAACGUGGUGCAUGCCUAUUGUUCAAAGAAAAAAAGGGGGGGAAUCCCAUAGGGCUAUUGCAAGCACCUUGCAUAAGUAAUAAUUCAAUUCUGUGAAUGGAGCAGUGUCCAUGCUCACAGUACAGGCAUCAUACAUGGGGCGUUGGUUCAAAGGCUUAUAUGUGUACCCAAAAAUCUCAUAUAGCCAAAAUUACAUUUGGAGCCGCCUCGUGGCCAGCCAGACCAUCUUUUAUAUGGCAGCUAGUGGGGGCGGAGUAGAGAUCAGAGGUGGGAUGAAGCUGGAAGCCCCAAGCAGACCUGGUGCUUUUCACACUGGAUCUGCUUAGGGUUUCCAGCUUCCUCCCAUCCUUCCUCUCUUCAGCCCACGUUUAACCACGUAUGGUUGAAAUUGUUGUUGUUGUUUAGUUGUUUAGUCCUGUCCAACUCUUUGUGACCCCCUGGACCAGAGCACGCCAGGCACUCCUGUCUUCAUGGUUGAAAUAGUGUGUUAAAUGUGCAGGAGAUGCAAAUUCCCUGCUCAGGACUUUCUUGCCUCUUCUUUCCCUUUGCCACCCCCUGUACCUCUCAAAAGUCUUGGGGGAAAGCCAUGACUGUUUGAACUGGUAUGAUACUGCUUUAAAUGUGUGUUGCAGAUGGGGGCUUGGAUGAAAAUCACACACACACACAUACACACACUGCCAUUAGCUAAGGAAGAAAGCCCCUAUUGGUGUCAAAGGACGGGUUUGGGGUUUGUUUGAUUUUUUUUUACUAAGGCUAAUAGCAGCUGGGGGCGUGUUCAUUGGGACUGCAGCUGAGGAGAGAAGAAUUAAGCAUCUCCCCAUGCACUGUGGUCCCAUUGAAAAUUACCCACUUCCGAGAACUUCCUGUGUAGUUCGGUUCUCAGAUACUAUUAAAAUAUGGAACGGUUCAUUUCUAUUGUUGCCUUGGUAAUGGUAUUUUUUUUGUUUCUUUAGAACCUGAGAGGAGGCAGACAAGACCGAAGGCUAUUAAAAAAGGUUAGUAAUUUCUCAUGUACUUUCUGUAAGCAGACAACUUGCAGAGGGUUGGUUUCUCUUUGAAAUAAGAUUUACUUUGAACAAUAUUAAUAAGAAAAUAUACAGGAGCAAAUUAAUGGAUUUGCUUUUACAGCCCACCUUUCUUCAAUCAUGGAACUUGAGGGUGUUUACUGGUGGUCUCCGUGGAGUCAGCCACUGCUGAAACCCAGAACUGCCCUAGCUAGGACCUCUAGCUCUUCUUAUCAUUCAUUUGUAUAUUGCUGGGUCUCCACAGUGCUAAUCCUAAUAUUCAAAUAUUCUAUAUGAUUAAUACAACAAGCUUGACUUAAAAAAGCUUUGUAAAGGAACAGUGGGUCCCUACUGAAUUCACAUACAAAGACAUGGGGUGGGAUUCAGCUAAUGACUCCCAUCAGAAGCCCUGCAUAAGGAGUUCCACUUUCACAAAGGAGCUUCCCCACCUCCUGUGAGGCUCCUCACGGGGUCUCUGCCAUGGGAGCAUAUUCCCCCAGUGCUUUUCCAGCUGCACUGGCUCCCGGUGGAGUACAGGGUCAGAUUUAAGGUGCUGGUUUUGACUUUUAAAGCCCUUCACGGCCUAGGACCCUUGUACCUACGGGAUCGCCUCUCCUGGUAUGCCCCACGGAGGACCUUAAGGUCCAUAUAUAGCAACACCCUAGAGGUCCCGGGCCCUAAGGAUGUUAGAUUAGCCUCAACCAGAGCCAGGGCCUUCUCAACACUGGCUCCGGCCUGAUGGAACGCUCUGUCUCAUGAGACCAGGGCCCUGCAGGAUCUGAUCUCUUUCCGCAAGGCCUGUAAGACAGAGUUGUUCCACCUUGCCUUUGGCUCAGAAUCAGUUUGAUUCCCUCCCCCUUUUUCUUUUUCCUUUCUCCUCCUAUGAUGAGAUUGCUCCCUAAUUGUUUUAAUAUUGUAUCUUAAUCUUUUAAAUUGUAUUUUAAUCAACUUGUUUUUAUUAUUGGUUGUUAGCCGCCCUGAGCCCGGUCUUGGCUGAGGAGGGCGGGGUAUAAAUAAAAAUUUGUUAUUAUUAUUAAAAAAAAAAUAUUAUCUUGCAGCCACAUAGAGUUCCAUUGGCCUUUAUUACACGCUGCAAUGCACAACGAACCAGAGUUCAUAUUUCCCUAUGAAUCAUCUCACUGGGAAGGGGAGGUGUCACCUCUUACAUACCCAACUGAUCGCUGUGCUCUGCAGGAGAGGGCCUCCAGUAGUUACAAUCUCAUCAGGAAGUUGGUUCAUGUGAUGUAGCAGCACCUACCCAUUUGAACUCCUCCCAUUAUAUAUCACUUUCUUUUCUGUGCCUCUUGAAAACCACCCUCUUCCCACAAGUCUUUUAAGUAGAUUUUUUUAAUCAUCGUCUUUAUCUGUAUUUACCUGGGAAUUUAAUUUGUAUAUGGUUUUUAUUUAUUAUUUUGAAUAACUUUGGAAUAUUUCAUGUGAAGCACUUCAUAAAUUAAGCAAUUAUUUUUUUUAAAGGUAAGUGUGACCAUCAAAGCAGAAAGAGGAGCAAUGGCUAGAAAACCUUUGGUUCAUUAGUUCUUAAAGUAUUCACCCUUAUUAGGAGACCAGUUGCUUAGUGAGUACAGUGGUACCUCGGGUUAAGAACUUAAUUUGUUCUGGAGGUCCGUUUUUAACCUGAAACUGUUCUUAACCUGAAGCACCACUUUAGCUAAUGGGGCCUCCUGCUGCUGCGCGAUUUCUGUUCUCAUCCUGAAGCAAAGUUCUUAACCCAAGGUACUAUUUCUGGGUUAGCGGAGUCUGUAACCUGAAGCGUCUGUAACCUGAAGCGUAUGUAACCCGAGGUACCACUGUACAUCUUUACUCAGAAAUGUGAAGGCCCAAGAGGGGAAAACCACAUGCACGCAAAAAGAUUUCCACCAUUUUUUCUAAAGCCUCCUUCCCCAGCCUGGAAACUUUUGAACUAUGACAUUUAAAAGGAUAUACCGUAUUUUUCGCCCUAUAGGACGCACCGUCCCAUAAGGCGCACCUAGUUUUUUGGGGGGGAAAUAAAGGGAAAAAAUUUAUUUCCCCCAGGCGUGGGGCUGGGGCGGGGAGGCCCGAGCUUCCCGACCCCAGCCCCCAAACAGGCAGCUCUCUGCAAGCCGUGGGAUCCCAGCGCUGGCUCCCGCUGCUUGCGGAGAGGUCCGUGAAGCCUGGACGCACUGAUCUCAGCGCGCACAGGCUUCGGCAUGCAGGCAACUCUCCGCAAGCAGCGGGAGCACUCCCGCUGCUUGUGGAGAGGUCCGCAAAGCCUGGAGAGAGAGGGGUCGGUGCGCACCAGGCUUCAGCGAAAGCCUGCAUUCGCCCCAUAGGACGCACACACAUUUCCCCUUCAUUUUUGGAGGGGAAAAAGUGCGUCCUAUAGGGAGAAAAAUACGGUAGAAGCAAGUUUCAACCCAGGCAAACCUUCCAUUUUUAGAAAUCCAUGAUAAAUAUGAGAACCACAAAGAAGCAGAAAUCAGUAGCUGAGAAAAUAAGGCUACUUAAAUUUAAAGUAGUAUUCAUAGAGUCUUGAUCUCUCCUGUUGCAUUUUCUCAGUUCUUUUUAUUGGAAAUGAUUGCUUUAUGUCUGCUUAAUACUGGAGCACUGGGGAAGAUAGUAUCCACAGGAUAUAAUACUUUUCCUUCUUUUGUACUAUAAUAUUGAUUAUUUCUCCUGUUUUUAUUGGUUUGCCUGCUCAUAAACUGCUAAAAUAAGAUACCAGAUUCCUUACAAUUUAGCAGCUUGUAAAAGCUUGCGGCUCCAUUUGUCACAAUAACAGUUUAAAAAGUCAGUUCAGUUUGUACUUCUAGUCUGAAUAAGCCAUACUUUUAAUAUGCCAAACAUUAUCUUUUAAUGGCAAACCAAGUAAUACAUAAUACAGUUUAUGUUCCUAAAGUAACAAAGAGAAUUUGAUCUCUAAAGGACACUUGACAGCUGUAUCAGGUUAUCUGGGAGAAAUGUGCUGAUUCCUGGACAUUUGUUUGUUAACAUUGACAAUUCAAGUAUAUGAAAUUGUAGUGCAAGACAUGUGAAAAUACGUUAGCUGUGUGUACCUUGCAUUGAAAGGGACCACCAGCUUAGCAUGGGAAGUAGUUGUUGGGAAAUAGUUCUUGUAAGGCCCCUUUCCUGAAUAUCUUCCUUACAACUUUUCAGCUACGCUUCUUUCAUUUUCAGUCUAUAAUGGGUAAUAGUGAGUUAGCAGAAGGUCCCCUGUCAGUCCCCUGCCCUUCCCUAAAAUUCACUCUAGUGAAGGAGGUUAGUGUUAGAAAAGGCAGAGGCAUCUGGAUGCUCCAGCCCAUGUGUUCAUGUAGCUAGGAGUUUUUUUGUCAGGACAUAGAAGGUUCUGCUAUCACUGGGAAACUCCCAGUUCCAAGAGCAGUGUGGUGUAGUGGUUAAGAGCGGUAGUCUCGUAAUCUGGGGAACCGGGUUCGCGUCUCCGCUCCUCCACAUGCAGCUGCUGGGUGACCUUGGGCCAGUCACACUUCUCUGAAGUCUCUCAGCCCCACUCACCUCACAGAGUGUUUGUUGUGGGGGAGGAAGGGAAAGGAGAAUGUUAGCCGCUUUGAGACUCCUUAAAGAGAGUGAAAGGUGGGAUAUCAAAUCCAAACUCUUCUUCUUCUUCUCUCUGACUUUAAUGGAUGUCAACACCAUGCAAGCAUCCAGGAUUUAAAGAUGCUGCUGUAAUCCCUACCACCAUGCCAUCAGGAUAAAUUUUAGCAAAGGGCAGUAGAGAGUGUUGGUCAGCAGCAGAAUUGCUGGACCUGCGACAGGCCCAGCACAAGUUGGACCCAGACUUGAGUGGAAUUGUAGGCUUGGCUCAUACGAUAUACGAUAUCUUUAUUGUCAUUGUCCCAUGCAGACCUUGAUUGUCCCAUCAAUGACCUUGAUUUACAAAUUUUGGACAAGUUUUCAUAUUGUUGCUCAUAUUGACUAACGUGUAGCAUCUUACACUCGUAUAGCAAAUUUAACUUGUACUGGGAAGAUCAAAUGUUAAGUGAUAUGAUUUAGUUGAUACAUUUCAGAUAUUAAAUAAUAUUGUGGUCUUACACCACUAUCAUUCUAGUUUUUAAUCUUCUUUUAAGGGUGUUGUCUUUUUUACUCUACAGGAAGAAGUGUUUUGGAUGAUGAUAGUGAUAAUGAUGGUGAGCCCAAUGAAUACAAUUUGAAUGACAGCUUUAUAGAUGAUGAAGAGGAAGAAGAGUGUGACCCUACUGAUGAAGACUCUGACUGGGAGCCAGAUUUUGAAGACAAGGAUGAUGAAGAUGUUGCCACACUUCUGAAAGAAGCACAGAAGAUUGUUAAAAGCAAUAAGUAGUUGUACAUGUAUUGCAAAUGUAGUGCACAAUUCAGUUGAAAUACAUGAAACGUCCUGAAUUCAAUUUGGUUUAAAUGGUUCACUUUAACCCUUAAAUCAAGUUGGCAUAAAUGUUCUCUUGAUUCUGUCCCUUGCAUUUAAGAAGACAAGAGGCAAUUUGGAAGACAGUCAUAAUAAUUUAUUGAUACCAAUUUAUAUCUCAAUAUAUUGAGACCAAAUAGAUUGUUUAAUGAAGAAAAAUAUAUUGGUCCGGUGGAGAGAGGUUACUCCAACCCGAUUAGUGUGAAGGGGAUGAAAGCAUUUAAAUCUGGCUCAAUAGUGCCAGUUGAGUGGUAAUUUGCCUUCUAAGAAUAGUGGUUUAGAUGAGCCUUUACCUCGAAAUCAUCUCUUAAAUUUUGCACUCAUGUAUACUUAAUUUAUGUAAACCUUAAAUGCUGUUUCCUCACAGCUGGUAAUGUCUGAGAGAAGGUCAUGUAUUUUGAGUUGUAACACUUAACACUACUGAUUUUAAUGCCUGAUGUACUGUGACACAUACGGUGUUGAGGCUUAAACUAGGAAGUUUUUAUUUACAUUACUAAAAUUCAUCUUCAUGUUAAAUGAAGGGAACAUUAUGUUGCAUAUACGUAAUCAUCAUAUACACUAGAUCAUGACAGCUUUAGAUGGACAGUUAAACAAAGUUGGAAUUUGGUUCAUUAGCUGCCAAACUGGUAACCAGGCUGUAAACAAUCACUGUCUUUCAUAUUCCAGCUAAUACUACAAACGGCAUUUGUUUUCUCUCUGUAUUUCAGAAUAAUGUUUAUAAAUUUAUGAUGAAAGCAAUUAUGUCCCAAAUCUCUUUCCAGUAUUUUUGUUCUUCUAAAAGUGGUUGUACAAUACUACGACACUCUGUUUCUUUACUCUGAAACAUAAAUCCCAGGUGACUUGGCUUUGCACUGGAAUCUGAGGCACAGGUUUGUCUGUAAAAACACUGAUUUACAUUUAAAUAUGCUGUGUAGAUAUUGAACAUGAAAGUCUUUUUGAAAAGUAAAUAAAUCAAUAUUGCCACUAGCCCUGGGUAAAUAGCAAUUCCCCCAGGUAAACAGGCGAGUGGCAGCAACUUUUCACCCCUCUCUGCAGCAGUACAUGUUUUAGAUUCCAGAAGAGUGUUUUGCACAGCUGUUAAGGGCAAGAGAGUCAGUCUUUUCAUUUUAAUGACUUUAUCCAAGUUGAGGAAAGAGUGUUGCAGAGCAAUCCCAAUAUUAACAUUUUGUUCACACAAUAACUUCAUCCAAACUAGGGAUAAUGUGCCUCUUUUGUAAUCAGUAGGUCCUCCCCAAAGAAACUUGGGCAACCAAUUGCACAGAGCACUUGAUAGUAUCCUGCAGAUAGUGCUCCUUCAUAUAACUUUGUGAACAAGAUGGAGAAAGAAAAAUGGCUCUGUUAUUAUUUUUCUUUAAUUGUUAGUUGUCCUGAGAAUGCUCCAGGGUUUGAGGGUGUUAUAUAACUGUAUUAAAUAAACAAGAUUCACCUGAGGUUUACCCUUCUGAUUUAACAUUUUAACUAGUGAGUGGAUUGACCUAACGGUAGGAUGUGAGUGCUGCCAUGGAGAUGGACCCAUACAGAGCAGGGGUAGUCAGUGAGGUGCCCCUUAAGUGUUGCUGGACUCCCAUAAUACUUGAUCAUUGGCCAUGUUGGUUACUCCUGAUAGAAAGUUCAAGCAGCGGCCAUUUUGCAUGUGGACAAUUGAUGCACGGCCGCUGAUGCACAGGCCCUUUUGGACCAGGAAGAGGGCAGAACACAAGGUGGGUCAGGCUUACAGCACUCUGCUGAUCCGUGUGGGGGACAGGAACGGAACCCCUGUGAAAAGUGGUCUCUGCCUGUAAUCAAGUAGGUGCUGUUCUGUAUGGAUAUGUGUUAAUGAAGGAAAUGAUUAAACAAGCUUUGAUUUUGCAGAUAUAUUAUUCCACCUCUACCCGCCAAUCUCAGCAGUGAAAGAUUUCAGGUGUUUCAGCACAAACCUUGAGGGUGGUGCCCUUGGAAUAAAGGUCCCCAGAGAAGGUGGUGUCUUUGUGACAUAUGUUUUCAUUUAUGCUGAGAUGAUACUGUGAGCUUUUCCAUCUUAAUGAUCUAACAGACCUUGUUUUCUAGAGGGUUCCCAAAGCCGUAAUUUUGGUUUCAGCACAGAGUGCAAGCCACUCCUCUGUGUGUUCCCAGUCCCUGCUGCACAUGAGAUGCUCCCAGGUCUGCUGUUCUCUCAUGUUCACCUAUGACAUUCCUUCCAGUUGUAGGAGACUUCCCCUCUUUUUGCUUCUGGAGCAUCUCUGAAGAAGAAAAUGCACUUUCUGGUUACAGUUGAGCAGUUUGCCUUCACCUUAUUGUACACUAUUACAUUGU